AUGGAGCUAAAGAGAGGAAAGACUUUCAUCAAAUCCGGACUGCAGAUUUCCCAUGAGAAACCCCUAGACCCAGCAGCCACUGCCCUGGCCAGGGAGGAUGCAGACCCCUGGUCAGUCUCAUCUGGAGGGCAGCAGCAGCCCCACGGUGAGAAGGAACCCCAGGUCAGUCCCAGCACCCAAGGAUAUGACAGAUGCUCCAACAAAGGGGCACAGCCAGACCCUGAUGCGGGGGCCGCAGCGCUCUGUGGGGCCACCUUCAAACUGGUGCGGAAGAGCAAGACUCAAGACAGUGUGUCCGGGGCAGGCCAGGCGGCCACAGCUACAGGGAAGCUGGUGGGCAGCGCGAGCUUCCCAGGGCCCUCUGGCAGCCAGCGCAUGAUUGACUACCGCCACUUUGUGCCCCAGAUGCCCUUUGUGCCGGCCGUGGCCAAGAGCAUCCCAAGGAAGAGAAUUUCCCUGAAACGACCCAAGAAGUGCUUUCGGAACAUAUUCCACAUUCGCAGAAACAAGACUGAGAACUUGGCCUCACUGGUGACCAGCGGGAAGAGCCUGUCCUCCCCUGGGGGCCCGUCAGAGGCUGGAGGGCAGCGAGGCAAAGCCUUAUUCCCCUGGGGCAAGGGGCUGGGGCCGGAUGGCCUAUGCCAGGACCUCUCUGACAGCGAGCUCUUGCCUGACUCUUCCUUUGACCUCUGCAGGGCCCUGUGUGAGGACGUGGCCUCACUCAAGAGCUUUGACUCACUCACAGGCUGCGGGGAGAUCUUUGCGGAUGAGAGCUCAGUGCCAUCUCUGGAGCUGAACGAGGGCCUGGAGAGCCCAGCUGGAGCAUCGCAAGUCCUUGAGAGCAAGGUUCCCAGGGGCCCCUUCCAGGGCAGCCUGGAGAGGCUGGCUUCGCCUGCCCAGCACGAGGUGUCUGACUUCGCCACAUUCUGGGAGAGUGUGAAUCAGUCGGUGGAGCAGCAGCAGCGCGCCCUCCUGGGCCCUUGGCUGGGGGGUCCCCAGGGGACAGACACAGAUCAGCCCAAACUGGACGCAGCUGGGCUCGCUGAGCUCCCUCUGUGCCCCUGCAGGGACCCCCACAGUGGCUCCAAAGCCAGCUCCAUAGACACAGGCACCCCCAAGAGCGAGCAGCCAGAAUCCGCGUCCACGAGUGAUGAGGGCUACUAUGACUCUUUCUCACCAGGCCUUGAGGAGGACAGGAAGGAGGCUCUGAGCCCAGGCAUGCCUGCAGCCACCUUCCCCCGGGACACCUACAGUGGAGACGCCCUCUAUGAGCUCUUCUGUGACCCCCGUGUGGGCCCUGUUGGCCCGAGCCUGGAUGAUGACCUGUGCGUAUCCGAGAGUCUGUCAGGGCCAGCACUGGGGGCACCACUCUCCAUGUGCAGCUUCCACGUUGGGGCAGAGGAGAACUUGGCCCCGGCGCCAGGCCCAGACCUGCUCAGCCAGGGCUUCUUGCAAAGCUCCUGGAAGGGCAAGGAAUGCCUGCUGAAGCUCUGUGACACUGAGCUCGCCAUCACCAUGGGCAUUGUCAACUGGCUCCGCCGUGGCCCCGAGCCCCGCACUCCACCUGCCUCGGCCCCUGGGGAGCCCACAACCCCACCCGGGGGACUGGGCCCAGGUCCAGCGAAGCUGGAGGACAAGGGGGCCCGGGCCUUGGAUGCAGGUAGGACCACCGUGAUCUCAGCAACCGGCAGGCAGGAGCUGUGGGCACAUUCAGGUACCAAGGGCCUGCUUGCUGGAGAGAGUGAGGGUCUAGCAGGGGCCAAGCAGGGGGCCAGCUCCCUGUCCAAGGACCUGUCUCUGGAGUGUGUGCAGGUCUCUGGGGAAGAAGGGACACGAGGCUGCCCUGAAGGCUCAUUCUCUUCUGUGGAGUCUGCAGCCUCUGCAACAAUAGACACUUCCAGUAAAAACAAGGUCCCAAAUCCCUCAGCCUGGCCUGGCUCCCAGGAGCCCAGACCACGUGGGAACCUGGGGUGUUUCCGAGGUCCAUGGAGGCCAGGACUUGGUGGAAGCACUCUGGAUGCAGAGCCCACCCUGACAGGCUGUGUGGCCCAGGUGGCAGCCCUGCAGAUCCGCCCAGACUGCCAGCCCCCUGCUGCACAGCCCUCAAGGCGGGACGUGGGCAGUGGGCUCUGCGGGCAGCCUCAGCCUAGGGGCCCUGACGUUCUGCAGCAGAAACAGCCUAACAGCUUUCCUAGCAUGGCUGCCAUCUGCGUCCUGCCCUCCCUGGCCAGCCCACUCUACAGCCCACAGGACCAGAGGUGCCUAGGCUGUGUCCUGGACCUGAGCCGGCUCAGGGUGGAGCCCAGCAGGCUGCAUGCCCAGACCAGUGCCUCUGUGAAGGACGAGACUCUGCAGCUCAGCACGAGGGCGGUGGAGCAGGCAGCACACAGAGGUCAGCUGGACUCAUAGCCCCACCCAGCCCCUGCUGCCUGGCUGAGCCCCUGCGGCCACCUGCCUCACUUCCGACAGCCAGCGGGAGAGGCCUCCUCUGCAAGUGCUCCAGAAAGCCGCUGCAGCUUCCUGGCCCACGAGGGCCUCCUCUGCAACCAGCCGGAAGUGGGGCCUCAGGCCAGCCGUGGCUGAGCCCCACCUGUAGGAUGCUUUCAC